AUGCCUGCAAUACGCCACGUCCCCACCCCAGCUGCAAUAAGAUAUCUCCACUAACUGUCCAAAACCACCACUCAACAGCAUACCUUCUUCCAGAUACCUUCUUAAUUAAUCUCUCUCUUAAGUUAAAACCAAACCUCCCAUCUAAUCAAAUGACAUCCCACUAACAAUGGCGGCCUCCUCUUCCUCUCUCACUUCUCUCUUUUCGAUCCCAUCUUCCUCCAUCCCCCACCGUCCCCGCCAUGCCCGCAACCUUCUCACCAUUCCAUCCACUACCCUCCUCAGACUUGCCAAAUUCCCCAAUUCUACCCUCCUUCCGCUGAAACCUAUUCCUAAUCGUCUUCAGCUCACUCUAGUUCCCUUUCUGAGUUCUUCCGCUGGAUCCCGCCUCCCCGGUAGCUCCGUCGGAAACGCUGAAACCGACGGUGAAGAUCCACCGCUGGUCGGCGAGGACUCUGCUGUCUUCGACUUGGCCAAGCAGAAGUUAUCUUCGUGGGUUUACUUCGCUGGGAUACUGGGAACAGUUUUAUUCGUGCUCGACGUUGCCUGGCUCGAUAACUCUACUGGUUACGGAAAAGCCUUUAUUGAUGCCGUUUCGGGACUCUCUGAUAGCCAUGAGGUUGUAAUGCUGCUUCUCAUUGUAAUUUUUGCCACCGUGCACAGUGGCUUGGCCAGUUUAAGAGACAUGGGUGAGAAACUCAUUGGAGAACGGGCUUUCCGUGUUUUGUUUGCUGGGACUUCUUUACCAUUGGCUGUCAGUACUGUUGUGUACUUUAUUAACCACAGAUAUGAUGGGCAACAACUAUGGCAGCUCCAGGGUGUUCCCGGGCUCCAUCAGUUUCUAUGGCUUUCUUCUUUUGUUUCCUUCCUCUUCCUCUAUCCAUCCACUUUUAAUCUACUAGAGGUGGCAGCAGUUGACAAGCCCAAAAUGCAUCUUUGGGAAACUGGGGUAAUGAGAAUCACAAGGCAUCCUCAGAUGGUUGGACAGGUUAUUUGGUGCAUUGCUCACACGAUAUGGAUAGGGAACACUGUGGCAGUGGCAGCCUCAGUUGGCUUAAUUGGACAUCAUCUUUUUGGUGUUUGGAAUGGUGACAGAAGAUUAGCCAUAAGAUAUGGGGACAAUUUUGAGGCUGUGAAGAGAAGAACUAGUGUCGUACCCUUUGCAGCCAUUCUUGACGGGCGACAAAAGUUGCCGAAAGAUUAUUAUAAGGAAUUUCUUCGGUUACCAUAUGUAGCCAUCACUGCAGUAACGAUAGGUGCAUAUCUUGCACAUCCUCUAAUGCAGGCAGGCAGUUUUGGACUUCAUUGGUAGGGUGACUGAUUUUAUUUUGUAACUAAAAGAUGAACAAGAUAUGAUUUACAAUAAAAUUAAGCAUAUAAUUGUCUUCUUUA